GUAUAUAAGAACCCCUUACGUAACAUUUGCCCUAGCUACACCGUCAAAUAGAAGCAACGCGACAUAUAGAGCGCUGUGUUUGUGUGCAUGAUGUUUCAACUCCGAGAAGGGAUGGUUUCAGACAAAGCAGCAAGUGGAUUCCUAGGCAAGAGAUCGAUCGAUCGAGGGUACACCAUGGAUCCUGAUGAAUCUUCUAGAAAAAGAAAACGCCGAGAUGAAUCCGAUCUUCGCGAUAAUCAUCAGGAACUUCACUUGUCGAGCGAUGUUCAGCUCUUGGAACGAUUCAAAUGGCAUAAACCCACUUCUUCUUUCUUUGAUCCCAAGAGAAGAACAAGCGAAGAGGACUCUCGGAAGAAUACUCUCAAUCCAGAAUAUUAUUACAACAACCGCAUGAGUCUUGAUCUCGAACUCAACUUAUCACCCUCUCUCGUCGAUCUGAAUCAUCACCAUCACAAUCACACAAACGAUAAUGACAACAAGGAUUAUGUUAAUGAUCACGAUCAUGAUGAUGAUCAUCACCAUCAGAACAAGAAGAAAGCGACAAAGGGUUCGGAGCUAGGGGCCUCAAGGAGAAGCCUUUCAUGGUUAGGGCUCGAUCACGAAAACUGCAACAGAGGAGGAGGAGAAGGGGGAGGAUUUUCCGGCGGCGAGGAGGAGGAGGCGGAGGAGAUGAUGGCUAGGGUUUGCAUGAAGUGUCACAUGCUAGUGAUGCUGUGCAAGGCCUCGCCGUCUUGCCCUAACUGCAAGUUCAUGCAUUCUCCUCAACAAAGCUCCCACUCUAAUUCCCUCUUCUUCUCUCCUAAGCCUCCUCUACUAAGCUUAAUUGAUUACUUUGGCUAAUUACUCCUCGUCAUUAUCACUCAAUGUGUAAUACUAAUUAAUUACUCGGUAAUCAAACGUGUGUGAUCGAUUAAAUAUUAGUAUAUAUAUAAUAUAUUGACCGUUCAACGCU